CCGGAUAUGCGUGAGUCACGUCCUGCGGAAGUAAACAAUCCCCAGCUGACGUGGAGGAGCAGACGGACACCAACCAGCUGGACAAAGUGAAGUAAAUCCAGUGCUUUAGAGGACCAUUUGUCGCUCCAGUUUCUGUAUUUGUUGAUUAUUUAUUAAAUGGACUCUGAAGGUGUGCUCUAAACUCCCGCGAUAAACCAACGGCUCUUGUUAAGAGACAGAAAUCUCUUAAGAAAAAUGGCGGCAGCGGAGGAGGCCAGCAGACCGUUCGCCGGCCUGUCAGAAGUCUCCAUCUCGGAGGACAUCACGGUGGAGGGAGACAUCUCGGUGCCCGUCGGCCCGUCCACCAGGCGGGACGAUGAGUUGUCCACGCUGGACGAGCCCGUGAGGGAGACCAUCCUGCGGGACCUGCGUGCGGUGGGGAACAAGUUUGUCCACGUCCUGUACCCGAAGCGGAGCACGGCUCUGCUGCGGGACUGGGACCUGUGGGGCCCGCUGCUGCUCUGCGUCACGCUGGCUCUGCUGCUGCAGGCUGGCGCCGCGGACAGCGACGACCAGGGGGGGCCGCAGUUCGCGGAGGUCUUCGUCAUCAUUUGGUUCGGCUCCAUCAUCAUCACCCUCAACUCCAAGCUGCUGGGCGGCACCAUCUCCUUCUUCCAGAGCCUGUGUGUGUUGGGCUACUGCAUCCUGCCUCUGACGGCGGCCAUGGCCGUGUGCCGGAUCGUGCUGGUCGGCGGCUCGGGGACGGUCAGCUUCGCCGUGCGGCUGGUGGUGGUGACGGCGUCCUUCGGCUGGUCCACCUUCGCCUCCACGGCCUUCCUCGCCGACAGCCAGCCUCCCGACCGCAAGGCGCUGGUGGUGUACCCGGUUUUCCUUUUCUACUUCGUGAUUGGGUGGAUGAUCCUGACGUUCUCGCCGUCACAGUAGAAGACGAGGCGUUCGUUAAACUGACAGCGACGAGGGGAGGGUUUUUUGUGGAGCGGAAGAACUCAAACAAAGGCGGUGUGGGCCUUGGAAUGAAGCUGAAGGACUGCUGAAGUGACCGGGACUGGUCCCGGGCCUCUGGGACACCAAAAUAAUUCCUUUUCAGGCGAAGCUCGUCCUCGGAUUCAGAGAAGUCCGGUGGACACUGUGCUGCAGAUGGAGAGUUAAUAAAGCUGAUGAUUAUGUUCAGGAGCUGUGUAGAAAUAAAGUCCCUAGGCCUGUA